AGGCGGCGGCGAGGCCGUGCAGCUCACCGCCAUUUUGCGCAGCGGGCGCUGAGCAGUAGCAGCCGCCGCGGCCGGAGCUCUCUUCUCAUCUCCGCCUCCUCCCUCCGCUUCACCAUGUCGAGGGAUCGCUUCCGUAGCCGUGGCGGCGGUGGUGGCGGCUUCCACCGGCGUGGCGGCGGUGGAGGACGCGGCGGUCCCAACCACGAUUUCCGCUCGCCGCCGCCCGGCAUGGGCAUGGGACAGAACCGCGGCCCGAUGGCGGGCGGCCCGCAAGGCCCAGGCGGUCCGCCGGGAGGAGGCCCGAAGCCCGAACCGCAGAAGCCGCCCACGUCCACCUCUGCUCCGCCUUCUUCAUCCUCCUCAGCCUCCGCCACCACGGCGGGACCCACCGGCAGCCAGGCGGGAGCGCCUCCAUCCUCUGCGCUUCCCGCGGGGCAGCAGCCACAGCAGCAGCCGCCGGUUUCGGCUCCUUCCUCGGCUCCUUCUGGUGCACAGCCGCAAUCCAAGCCCAGCCCCAGCCCCACACCGGCCGGCGGCCCUAAGAAAGGACAAGGACAGUCUCCCGGCGGCGGCCCCAAGGGGCCGGGCGGCCCGCAGCAGGGCCCGCACAAGGGCGGCCCGGGGCACCGCGGCGGGCCGGGCGGCGAGCCGCGGGGCCGCGGGCAGCAGCACCAGGGCCAGCAGAGCCUCGGGACACAGCAGGGCUCGGGAGACAGGGGCGACAAGCUGUCGGACGAGGGGUUUAAAGCGAACCUCUCUCUGCUGAGGCGGCCCGGGGAGAAGACGUACACACAGCGCUGCCGGUUGUUUGUUGGGAAUUUGCCUGCCGAUAUCACAGAUGAAGACUUUAAAAGACUGUUUGCCAAAUAUGGGGAGCCAGGAGAGGUUUUUAUCAACAAGGGGAAAGGCUUUGGAUUCAUUAAGUUGGAAUCUAGAGCUCUUGCGGAAAUCGCAAAGGCAGAGUUGGACGAUACCCCCAUGAGGGGCCGGCAGCUCCGCGUUCGCUUUGCCACUCACGCCGCUGCCCUGUCGGUGCGGAACCUCUCACCCUACGUGUCCAACGAGUUGCUCGAGGAGGCUUUUUCCCAGUUCGGUCCGGUGGAAAGAGCUGUUGUGAUUGUAGAUGAUCGAGGUAGAUCAACAGGAAAGGGCAUUGUUGAGUUUGCAUCAAAGCCAGCUGCAAGGAAAGCAUUUGAACGGUGUACCGAGGGGGUGUUUUUGUUGACAACCACUCCCAGGCCAGUUAUUGUGGAACCGUUGGAACAACUGGAUGAUGAAGAUGGUCUUCCAGAAAAGCUUGCUCAGAAGAAUCCGAUGUAUCAAAAGGAAAGAGAGACUCCUCCCCGUUUUGCUCAGCCUGGCAGUUUUGAAUUUGAGUAUUCUCAAAGGUGGAAAUCUUUAGAUGAGAUGGAAAAGCAGCAGAGAGAGCAAGUGGCAAAAAACAUGAAAGAUGCCAAGGACAAACUUGAAAGUGAGAUGGAAGAUGCUUAUCAUGAGCAUCAGGCAAACCUCCUACGUCAAGACCUCAUGAGGCGCCAGGAGGAGCUGAGGCGUAUGGAAGAACUUCAUAAUCAGGAAAUGCAGAAACGCAAGGAAAUUCAGCUGAGGCAGGAGGAGGAGCGUCGCCGGCGGGAGGAGGAGAUGAUGAUCCGUCAGCGGGAGAUGGAAGAGCAGAUGAGAAGACAGAGGGAAGAGAAUUAUAGUAGAAUGGGUUACAUGGAUCCAAGGGAGCGAGACAUGAGAAUGGGUGGUGCUGCCACAAUGAACAUGGGAGAUCCUUAUGCUUCAGCAGCCCAGAAAUUUCCACCUCUGGGAGGUGGUGGCGGCAUAGGUUAUGAAGCUAAUCCAGGAGUUGGCCAAGCAGCCAUGAGUGGUUCUAUGAUGGGAAGUGACAUGCGUCCUGAACGCUUUGGGCAGGGAGGUGCGGGGCCCGUGGGUGGCCAGGGUCCUAGAGGAAUGGGGCCUGGAACACCAGCAGGAUAUGGUAGAGGGAGAGAAGAAUAUGAAGCCCCAAACAAAAAGCCCCGAUUUUAGAUGUGACCUGUAGUUUCAUUCCAGUUUGUUUUUGUCUGUCUUGUUUAGACACCGACUUCUUAAUUCUUGCAUUUUAGUAAGAAAGCUACGUUUUUAUGGAUGUUAGAAACUUACUGACCUAAUAUUUGUAAGUGGUCUGUUUGGGCGAGUACAAUUUAAUUAUGUAAUGCAGUGUUUCAAAAUCAAAUUUAGCUGUUUUUUUGAUGUAUAACGUCCCUAACUUGAUGGCAGUGUACCUUGUGCCACUGAAUUCCCAAAGUGUACCAACCUUUUUUUUACUGUGCUUAAAAUAAAUAGAAAACUAAAUGUA